AUGGAAUUCAACAACAGAUUAACCCUUUUUAUUUUAUUUAUAUGCUCCGCCUUAAUUGCAGCAUACAGCUGCGGGGAUGCGAAUCAGAAAUCAAAGCCCAAUGUUCCCCUAGAUCCAAGGAUCCUAGAAUUGAGUACAAAGGUGGAGAAGGAAAAGAGAUUACACAAUUUAAUAUACGUAUCAAUUCUUUCUGGGACGAUUAUAACACUUGUGUUUUCACUGGUGGGACUCGUUGUCGAUGAUUACAUUAGAGAUGUCAAAUGGAAAGAGCAACAUACAAAAAAGAGGUGA